AUGGUCUGCGGCUUCAUUAUUGAAGUCAGUGACACCAUGAACCCACCAAUUCCGGACACACAGGGACACUUGUCAUUGGAUUUUCAGGUAUGUCUUUAUAGCAGUGUGAAAAUGGACUACUACAAGAAACUGGUACCAGAAAAGUGGGACAUUCCUAUGAAGAUACCUGAAAAUGUGGAAGCAGCUUUAAAAUUGGGUAAGGAGCAGAGGCUGGAACAGUUUGGAGGGCUCAGAAGAAGGCAGAAAAAUGAGGCUUGCACAAUGCAUCUGGAAAAGCUGCAGGUGCUCAACACCAGCCAGUCAAAGCAGCCUAAGGAAUGUACUGUCCAGAGCCACAGGUGCGGAGCUGCCCAAGGACUUAGGAGCCCACCCUUGCAUCAGUAUGGCCUGGAUUUUGAAGAGAAAUUUCUGGAACCUGCAAAAGAUUUGGAAAAGUUAAGAAAUAAUGGGAGUUUGUUGUUCCAGCAAGUGCCAAUGGUUGAGAUUGACGGGAUGAAGCUGAUGCAGACCAGAGCCAUUCUCAACUACAUUGCCAGCAAAUACAACCUGUGUGGGAAAGACAUAAAGGAGAGAGCCCCAUAUAUGUAUACAGAAGGUAGGGCAGGUUUGAGUGAAAAGCUUCUUCAUUACUCAUUGCAUCCACCUGAGGAAAAAGAUGCAAAGCUUGCCCUGAUCAAAGAGGGAACAACAAGCCAUUAUUUUCCUGUCUUUGAAAAUGUGUUGAAGAGCCAUGGACAAGACUACCUCAUUGGCCACAAGCUGAGCCGGGCUGACAUUCACCUGGUCAAACUUCUCUACCACGUGGAAGAGCUUGACACCAGCCUCAUCUCCAACUUCCCUCUGCUGAAGGCUGUGCUUUGUGCAUUGUGGGCCCUGAAAAUAAGAAUCAGCAAACUCCCCACAGUGAAGAAGUUUUUGCAGCCUGGCAGCCUGAGGGAGCUUCCCAUAAAUGCGAAAGGUUUAGAAGAAGCAACGAAGAUUUUCAAGGUUUGA